AGAUCAAGGGCUUCUUGUCUGAAGUGCGGACGUUAUUUUGCCAUGAUGCUGUGCACAAUCAACUUGUACAGCAAUCAUAUAAAGCAGAAAGAAAAGAGGAAAAAAAGAAAAGAGAGAAAAAAUGGAAGAUGACAAAAAUAAUAACACUAGCAGCACGAACACAAACGUGAUCGCACCUUUCGUUGCGAAGACAUACCAGAUGGUCAACGAUCCUUCGACCGAUUGGCUCAUCACCUGGGGACCUGCCCACAACAGCUUCAUCGUCGCUGACCCUCUCGACUUCUCUCAACGCAUCCUCCCUGCUUAUUUCAAACACAACAAUUUCAGCAGCUUCGUUCGUCAACUCAACACCUACGGGUUUAGGAAAGUGGAUCCGGACCGGUGGGAGUUCGCGAACGAGCAUUUUCUCAGAGGGCAGAAGCACCUGCUCAAGAACAUAGCGCGUAGGAAACACGCGCGUGUGAUGACGGAUGCGGAGGACGGUGAGAUCGUGAAGGAGAUCGAACGGUUGAGAGACGAGCAGAGGGAGCUUGAGCUGGAGAUUCAGAGGAUGAACCAAAGGAUCGAGGCGACGGAGAAGAGGCCGGAGCAGAUGAUGGCAUUUCUCUACAAGGUCGCUGAUGAUCCCGACUUCCUCCCCAGGAUGAUGCUCGAGAAGGAGCGGACAAAGCAAUUGGUCUCGGACAAGAAGAAGCGUCGUGUCACGGUGAAGUCAGAGGAAGGGGCAGAGGAGGAGGAGAGGGUCUUUGGUGUGGUUUCACUGUCGCCUUCGCCUUCGCCGGAGAAUUCAAUAGGAUGGGUUGUUCCGAUGCAGAGGCAGGGGACGUUUGGUAGUUACUACAACGAGACGGGUAUGGUGACGAACUCAAUGAUUUCCACUUCGUCGAAGUCAUCAUCGUUAACGUCGACGUUGUCGUUGCCGGAAAGCGUAAACAGAGGCGGCGGAGGAGGAUGUGGGAGUAUUCAGGGAGAGACAAGGGACAAAGAAGCGGCGACGUUUGGAGGAUUGGUAGAGUCAAAUCCACAAACACCGCCUUAUCCGUUUUCUUUAUUUCGAGGUGGCUUUUAGAUCUAUUAGCUUCACAUGAAAUAUGAUCUUUGGUUCUUCCUAAUGUUACUAUUUGUUAUCAUUUUUCUUAAAUUAUUUGUCAUGUAUAACCAACCAAUAAUAAAUAGGACAGAUCGAUAGUUGUUAGUUUCGUGAGUAUCAGGACAGGGAGACAGUGUCAGUAGUCAUAUCGUUUUAUAGAAAGUUGACAGUAUGUAUUUUGCAGAUUAUACUGUUAAAAAGUUCAUAAAUUGACAUUGUUUUUUUUUUA